AUGAAUCCGUCGCGUGAUUUAAAAGACAUGAAAUACUCGUAUGACAUGAAUGCGAGCACUUCUUCGGCGAGCUAUGGCUCGACUGGACCUUCGAGUGCCGCCAAUGAGCGGAAGGUAUCGUUGUUUUCGCUGAAGGAGUUGCGACCUCUGGAAGUGCCAGCGAGUGAUCAGUUGGGGAAAUGCCGGUUAGUCACAGAGUUUGAGAAACUCAACCGCAUAGGAGAGGGUACUUAUGACGACACCGGUAGGUCUUCGGCAACUAAUGACAUGUGUCUCACAGACAGGGCGCGGGACACGAGAAGCGAUGAGAUCGUAGCCAUGAAACGGAUGCGAAUGGAUCGCGAGAGGGAAGGGCUGCCCAUCAGUGGUCUCCGCGAAAUCAAUUUACUGCUGAAUUUAAGGCAUCCGAAUGUCGUACUCCUGAAGGAAGUGGUUGUCGGCAAAAGUCUUGAGAGUAUUUUCCUUGUGAUGGAGUAUUGCGAGCAAGACUUGGCGUCCCUUUUGGAUAAUAUGAACACUCCGUUCACUGAAUCUCAGGUGAAGUGUAUUUUGAUGCAACUGUUCCAUGGAUUAGAGUAUUUGCAUAAGAAUUUCAUCGUUCAUCGCGACCUCAAAGUGUCGAAUCUGUUGCUCACAGACAACGGCGAGCUUAAGAUCGCAGACUUUGGGUUAGCGCGAAGGUAUGGCCAGAAGGAUAUGCCGAUGACUCCCAGAGUUGUCACCCUAUGGUAUAGAGCGCCGGAACUGCUGUUUCAGUCCAAAGUUCAGACAACGGCUAUUGACAUGUGGGCCGCCGGCUGUAUAUUAGGGGAACUCCUUCUCCACAAACCACUACUUCCCGGACGCUCUGAGAUAAACCAAAUCGAACUCAUUGUGGAU